UUGAGCGUGGAGGGAAGAGCGGGAUGGAGAGAGUGCACUUAUGCUGAAGAUGGAAAAGAAAGUGUGCGUGAUCCAAACCGACUUCCAUCAAUACCGUCCCAUCAUCGCCAUUCACAGCAAGCCAUUGGUUCAUGUUAAUCCACUGCAACCCGGUGUAGAAGAAGGGAUGAGGGAGAGAGAAGAGCUGAAGAAAGCCAUCGAACAAACGGACCGGCUGUUGUCACGGGUCCGACAGCUGGAGGAGGAGAACUCAGAGUUGUGCAAGGAGAGAAAUGACGUUUUCACUAGGAUGCAUGCAGAGCAGGAGAGUCUGCAGCAAGCUGAGCAGCGUUGUGUGCAGCUGGUCCAGGCGAGGCGGGAGCUGGAAGUCCAGGUGGCAGGGCUGGAAGAACGUCUGGAGGAGGAGGAGGGGGCCGCCGCUCAGCUCGCCUCCCAGCGUCAGAGACUGGAGGCUGAGUGCUUCAGUCUGCGCCGAGACCUGGAUGAGCUGGAGAACACAUUGACUACAGUGGAGAAGGACAAGCAGUCAUCAGACUCUGCCGUGAAGAGGCUCACAGAGGAACUCGCCCAAAGAAGCGAACUGAUUCGGAAGCUUCAGAAGGAGAAGGAGCACCUGGUGGAGUUGAGCCAGCGAGCCAUCGAGGACUUGCAGAGUGAGGAAGAGAAGGUGAAUUUCCUGACCAAAGAGAAAGCCAAACUGAAGCUGCAGGCAGAAGAUUUGGAGUAUCUGCUGGGGCAGGAGAAGAAACAGAGGACGGAUUUGGAGAAGAGCAGAAGGAAGUUGGAAGGAGACAGUAGGAACACGAUGGAUAAUCUGACUGAGAUGGGCAAGAUGAGGGCCAGUCUGGAGGAGAUGAUCAAGAAGAAAGAUGUGGAGAUAAGCACCACCAGCAGCCGGCUGGAGGCUGAGGAAACACUGAACGCAGAACUGCAGAAGAAAAAUAAGGAGUUCCAGGUCCGCAUUGAGGAACUGGAAGAAGAAUUGGAGACAGAACGAGCCUUACGAGCCAAGGUGGAGAAGCAGCGAGCUGACUUGACCUGUGAACUGGAUGACUUGACUGACAGACUGGAGGAAGCCGGUGGGGCCACGGCCUCUCAGAUGGAAAUGAAUAAGAAGCGUGAGGCGGAGCUCCAGAGACUCAGAAGGGAACUUGAAGACUCCUCAGUGCAGGCGGAGGCGGUGACUGCCGCCCUCCGCAAGCGUCACAGCGAUGCCCAGUCUGAACUGGGAGAGCAGUGUGAGAGUCUGCAGCGAACUCGAGCCAAACUGGAAAAGGAAAAACAGAGUCUCAGACUGGAGGUGGACGACCUGACGGCUUCACUCGACACUUUACAGAAGGCCAAGGCAUCCACUGACGCACAGCUGAAGAAACUAGAAGACCUGCUGUCUGAGGCCAACUCUAGGAACGAGGACCUGCAGAAAGCUCUGAAUGAAGUUACUGCUGCUAAGAACAGACUUACAGCUGAAAAUAAUGAGCUAACAAGGCAGGUCGAGGAAUCGGAGAACAAGGGCAGUCACCUCAGUCGAACAAAAACCCUCUUGAUGGCCCAGCAUGAGGAACUUAAAAAGCAGUUUGAUGAAGAUGUCAAGGCUAAAGCGGCCCUGAUCAACACUAUGGCAGCAGUGCGGCAAGAGGGUGAAAUGCUGAAGGAGCAACUGGAGGAGGAGCAAGAGAGUAAACAGGAACUUCAACGCCUUGUCUCCAAACUCAACAGCGAUGUCACACACUGGAGGAGCCGCCAUGAGGCUGAUGCCAUUCAACACAGCGACGAACUAGAAGAAGCCAAGAAGAAGCUUUCUGUUCGACUGCAGGAGGCUGAGGAGGCAUUGGAGAUCACCCAGGCAAAAUGCUCCAGUCUGGAGAAAACCAAACAGAGACUGCAGGGUGAGGUGGAAGAACUGUGUGUGGAUCUGGAGAAGGCAAAUAAUGUGGCAGCAGUGCUGGAUAAAAAGCAAAGGAUGCUGGACAAGCAGCUGAGUGACUGGAGGCAGAAGUGCGAUGAGCUGGUUGCUGAAGUGGAGAACUGUCAGAAGGAAAGCAGACAGCACUCGACAGAGCUUUUUAAGCUUAAAACGGUCCACGAGGAGGCUGUGGAACAGGGCGAGGCUCUGCGCAGAGAAAACAAGACCUUACAGGAGGAGAUUACUGAUCUAACUGACCAGCUCUCAGAUGGGGGAAAGAGCGUCCAUGAGCUUCAAAAGAUGAAAAAGAAAAUCGAGAUGGAGAAGGAGGAGCUGCAGGCAUCACUGGAGGAGUCUGAAGCAGCGUUAGAGGCUGAGGAGACAAAGGUUUUGCGUCUUCAGCUUGAGGUGUCUCAAGCUAAAGCAGACAUGGAGCGCAGACUACAGGAGAAAGAAGAGGAAUUUGAAGCUGCCAGAAAAAGCCACCAAAGGGCGCUAGAGUCCUUGCAGGCCAGUCUAGAUGUGGAGGUGAAGGGCCGCACGGAGGCAGCCCGUGUUAAGAAAAAGAUGGAGAGUGAUUUAAAUGAGCUGGAGGUUCAGGUGGAGCAGCUGAACAAGAAUAACGGCGAGCUAACAAAGACUGUGAAAAAGAUGCAACAACAAAUUAAGGACCUCCAGCUACAGCUGGAGGAGGAGGGGCGUGUACAGGAGGACCUGAGAGAGGAGCAGACUCUUCUGGAGCGCCGCUGCACCCUGCUGGUUACUGAGGGGGAAGAGAGUCGAGCAUCACUGGAGGCGGCGGAGAGGAGCCGCAAGGCCCUGGAGACCGAGCUUCAGGAGACUUCUGAGAAAUACAAUGAGCUUGACAACCAGUUGCAGUCUGUAGCAAGUGCAAAGAGAAAACUGGAAGUGGAUAUACAGCAGCUUACACAGGAACACGAGGAGCUGCAAAGUGAAGUGAGGGCAGUCAAUGACAAAGCCAAGAAAGCUGCCUGUGAGACUGCACGUGUGGCCGAGGAGCUGCGGGUGGAGCAGGAACACACGAUGCACCUGGAGCGGGUGAAAAAGGGUCUGGAAGUUCAGAUAAAGGACAUGACCACCAGACUGGAUGAAGCUGAGCAGCUGGCCAUGAAAGGAGGCAAAAAAUUCAUUCAGAAGCUGGAGGGCAGGGUGAAAGAGUUGGAGCUGGACUUGGAAACCGAGCAGAAACGGCACGCCGAGACGGUGAAGACUAUGCGGAAAAAUGAGCGACGCCUGAAGGAGCUCCUCUUCCAGUCAGAGGAGGACCAAAAGAACCAGCAGAGGAUGCAGGAACUGGUGGAGAGACUCCAGAUUAAAAUGAAAGCUUAUAAGAGACAAGUGGAGGAGGCGGAGGAGCAGGCGAAUAUGAACCUGGCUAAGUACAGAAAGACGGCCCAUGAGCUGGAUGAUGCAGAGGAGCGUGCUGACAUAGCAGAGUCGGCUCUUACUAAAAUCAGGACGAAACACCGGGGCAGCUUUGGCAAAGGCUACUCUUCAGGGUACAGCACUCCCUAUCCCGGGCUCAUAAGAUCACCCAGUUCUGUGGGGUCAGAGGGGCGAGGAGAGAAGAUCCCUGAUGAUGAGGAGACUCUCACCUCUCUUAUUCCCACAUAUCUCAAUUCAAUCAAGAAACUGAUGAUUGAUUAGCAACCUUAAAAAUCGUCCAAUAUGGAGACACUAUGCUAUAUUCAGAUUUCUUGUUUUAAUCCUAAACACAUAAAUCUAUGUACUAUUUAGUUUUGUCAAUGUGUCCAUAGUAUUUUAAUUAUUCAUCAAGAAAUGAGUAUCACUUUUUGUAUCAUUGCAUUGAUAUUCUCAAUUAUACUUAUGUUGUAAGGAUCAAAUGUUUGAUUGAUUUUGUAAGAAACCUCUCAAGAUAUAUUUAUAGACAUCCAAAUGGGCAUCCAAUUACACACAAGAAGCAGGAUAAGUUUACAUACACUUCAAAUUAUCAUCAAAUAAAUAUUAAAUCAUGCUUUGCCUAUUUCCAUAAUACACAGGAAAAGUAUUAAAGUAUUUUAAAUGAAUAUGCAUUUAUAAUAUGUAG